AUUGGGUGACAAAAAUCUUUUUGGACCCUUGCCAGGGGAGGUUGGCAACUUGACCAAAUUGCAGAUUCUAUUUCUUAGUAAAAAUAUGCUUGCAGGUACAUAUGACCAGGGGUGGGGAAAUUUAAGUUAUUGCAGCUAGCUUGCUAUGAGUGAACUAACAAAGUAAAAUAAUUACUAGCCGUUUCUUAGUUAUCCCUAUAUACAUACUUUUGCAGGUGAAAUACCGAAAGGCGUGAGCAAUCUCAUUGAGUUGGUUGAAAUUAAUUUGGGUUUGAACAAAUUUGUUGGUUCACUUCCCAUGGAGAUCUUCAACAUAUCAGGGAUGAGAGUGAUUGAACUUUUAGGGAAUAAUCUGACAGGAACCCUCCCAUUAAACAUAGGUUCUAUGUUACCCAACAUUGAAGGUCUUUUUCUAAUAAGUAGCAUGCAUCUUUUUGGGACUAUACCUCAUUCUUUGUCCAAUUGUUCCAAACUCAUUUAUCUAGACCUUGGUAAUAAUAGACUCACCGGUUUGAUUUCCAACUCUCUUGGAUAUUUGACUCAUCUAAAGUACCUAUUCUUGGAGGGAAACUAUUUAAUAAGCGACACUACGUUAAGCUUCUUGACUUCCUUGUCAAAUUGUAGACAUUUAAAAUUACUUGAAAUAUCUGGGAAUCCUCUAAAUGGUGUGCUUCCAAUCUCCUUAGGGAACCUUUCUGGUACUUCUCUUCUACACUUCAAAGCUUCUAAUUGCAUAAUUAAAGGGGAAAUUCCAAGAGAAAUUGGGAACUUAAGCAGCUUAAUAGACCUCGAUCUUUCUGGAAAUGGUUUAAUUGGAUCAAUUCCCACAACAAUUAGCAACUUGAGAUUCCUUCAGCUCUUUAACUUGAGUCACAACAAGCUCUCUGGAUUUAUUGGAGACGAUCUAUGUAAAUUGCAGAACUUGGGCUAUUUACACUUGACUCAAAAUCAACUUUCAGGAUCUAUUCCUAAUUGUUUGGGGAACUUAACUUCCCUUUAGGAAAUAUUUCUAGGUUCCAACAAAUUGCAUUCAAACAUACCAGCAAGCUUAGGGAACCUCAAAAAUCUCUUGAAG